UUGGUUGGUGUUUACGGGGCUGGGCAUGUAUUGUGAAGGUACAUUCCAAAACUUGACCAUAAAUACAGUAGCAGCACCAGACAACAUUACUGUGGAUGAAAGAAACUCAAGGCAGCAUGACUACAGACGUUUACCCAGCACUGGUAAGACCAGGUCCUGAACGCCUUCUUGUGAAUAUCUUUAAUGUCUCUAAAGGAGUCAAGGUUCCUGUGACCGUGGAGAGUAUCGAUACUAUCGGGAAACUGCAGCAGGAGGCCCUGAAGCUGAAGCUUAAUUUAUCUAUUUUUAAAAUCGUACCCAAAUAUCAUUGUGUCCACAAAAAUAAGAAGCAGCUCAACCGUUUUCAACGCUGAUAAUAAAAAGAAAUGUUUCUUGAGCAUCAAAUCAGCAUAGUAGAAAUUUUAAAAUGUAUUCACAUAGAAAACAGUUAUUUAAAAUUGUAAUAAUAUUUCACAAUAUUACUUUUUGUAUUUUUGAUCAAAUAAAUGCAGCCCCCGGCCCCAUAUAUGUCUUUAUUUUAUUUUGUAUAGUUCAUUUUGAUAGUUAUGUUUUCUAAAUUUAUGACUGGGGUUAAAAAUGUUGGUGCAAAUGCAUAAAAUCCUGCUUAAUGUGAGUAAUGCUCAAGCAGGCAUGUUGUUUUAGUGAUCUUACAGGAGAGGGCAUCCGCGGCACAAAGGUGCGGGCGUGAAGGAGAUAAAGACAAGCGAAAGAAUUAGUUUUGCGAUGGUUAAAAAAGGCACCCAGAGAUUUGGUGUAGCCUACUGCGAAUAAAUGUAAGCAGUGAACAACAUUAAACGAACCCAUCAAACUAAGCACGCCUGGAACUUCACUGAUUUCGGCAUGAAACAAACUUGGAGGCACCACUGGGAUUUGAAGUGCGAGAGAGAGAAAGAGCAAGCCAGAGAGAAAGCGGAGAUUCUCGGCGGGUGAAUAUCAGCGCGAGAUGGAUCUAAAAGCCCUGGCCAAAAGUGUAAUAGAGAGACUGUGGCUGUUGCGGCUUGAUCAAGUGAAAGAGGUAUGUGAUUGUAACAAAAUCUCUCUCGAAGACGCCCCUACUCAGCGCGCACUUAUCAAGAGAGUAACUGAGUCGAUCGAUGCUGUGAUUGAAUGCGAGGAAGAAGACGUAGCAAAGCAUUUUCUGUUGUCAAUGUUGACGUUCAUGGAGACGCAGGGAGAGAGAGAAGACGAUGAAAAUGACGGCGGCAGUAAUAAAAAUGCGACAGGCAUUUCACGGGCUGAAAAGUAUACUGUGAAUGAGACAGAUUUACAGCAAAGUCACUUAAAACUGCACACACAAAAUACUGAGAUGAGAGAUAAAAUGGUAAAAAUAAAAGGAAAAGAGGAUGAGGAACAAAAUCGGUCCCUAGAACAGCAACCAUUUACUUGCCUUGCCCCUGAAGUCUCUGAAAUGACUGCCAAGGUGUUGGUUAAGGAGCAGUCAAGUGAUAUUGUCAGGCGAAAAAACAGAGAGACACCAGCAGUGGAGGAGCGGAGAGAAACAGAGUUCUAUGAGAUGGUUAAACUCCUGAGAGAGGAAGUUGCAGAACUCAGGAAAAGCCAAAACAACCCUCCUGAACAUAUGGCAAGGGGAAGAUCCAGCUGCAGAAAGGGAUGCAGAGCGUGUCAGGAGAGAGGUGAAGAGGAUCGAUGUGAACACUGCUUCAGAUGUGGAGUCGUGGGUCAUGCUGCCCAGGGCUGUAGAGCGCCAAAGAAUCCAGCAGAAGGGAGGAGCAAUCCUCAGUACCUCAAUCCUCAGCCUGUAGCAUGUGGACCCAGGCAGUGUGUGAAAGGAGACCCCAAAGACACGGUGCCCGUUCCCUACCAUGAGCCGUUGAAAAAGUCCACUCACACCGUUCUCCAGGCUCAAGGGCCGGUGUCACCAGGUCCUGAACGCCUUCUUGUGAAUAUCUUUAAUGGCUCUGAUGGAAUGAAGGUUCCUGUGAUGGUGAGGAGCACCGAUACUAUCGGGAAGCUGCAGAAGAAGGCCCUGCAGUGGAAACCAGAACUCAGAGCAAUCCCGAAUCUGGUCUACAAUGGCAAACCGGUUCAGCUGCACCAGACGCUGUUGGAGCUUCAAGUGAAGCCUGGAGCCACGUUCAUCACCUACCAGAAAUGUCACGGAAGUUAACAAGGAUGCUGACACAACACUUUUUCUCUUCGCAUCUCUGUUUAUUAAUUUCAAUUCAAUUUCAAUUUUAUUUGUAUAGCACAUUUACAACAGCCCCCAGGCUGACCGAAGUGCUUUACAGAAGAGCAAGAAUGUUACACAUACACGGAAAAUAGAUCAGAGAAAAAUUUAAAACCACCCAUUUAAAAAUUUAACAUAUCACAGUAGUCAAUACACUAAGGAAAAUAAAAAAGUUUUUAGCAAGGACUUAAAGGUAGACAAGGAAGGGGACAGUUUAAUCUCUUAGGGCAGGGUAUUCCAGAGUCGAGGCCCUGCCACCACAAAUGCACGCAAGAAUUGGAGUGAUGUGUUCAUGUUUACGACACUUUAAAAGGAGUCUGGCUGCAGCAUUUUGGACAAGCUGAAGUCGCGCAAUUUGAGAUUUAAAGAAUUGCAGUAAUCUAGACGCGACGUAACAAACGCAUGAACAGCCAUUUCUAGAGUUUUUGGAGUGAGAAAGUUUUUAAUUUUAGACAGUAAACGAAGCUGAUAAAAACUGGAUCCAAUAACAGAGGAGAUAUGUCUAUCAAAUUUUAAAUGCUGGUCAAUAAUAAUACCUAGGUUAUGCACCCGUGAGGAUCUAAAAACGGAUAAACAUUCUAGCUCAGGGCUUAUACACUGAGAGUUCUCAUUUGGACCAAAAACAAUUACCUCGGUCUUGUCCUCGUUUAAGAAGAGGAAAUUUUGGGCUAGCCAUAAUUUAACCUCCUCCAAACAUUGGGGAAGAGAAGUGAUCGCAGUGGAGUUUUUUUUUCUUGACUGAAAGAUAGAUUUGAGUGUCAUCUGCGUAGAAAUGAAAAGACACACCAUGUCUUCGUAGAAUAGAGCCCAGAGGCAGCAUGUACAGAGAGAAAAGUGUUUUAAGUGUUUUGUUUAACCUGAUGGAACACAGAUGUACUUUUUUUUUUUUGUUUUUAUACUUUUAAAUUCUUUAAGAAUUCAUCAGAAAGAGUUUAUGAAGAAGAAACAAAGGGAUCAUAUUAAAAUGUCAUCAUAAUUUAUUGUUAAAUGAGCUGUAAAUUUGCACUUUUAUUAUGUAAAUUCGACUUCUUUUUUAAUAAAAACCACUAAUAAUGAA